AUGGCCGAGUUCGAAUCAUUGACACAUAGAUUCCGGGCCAAUCUCUACAGUCUCCAACCCGGCGCCAACAAAGUCGGCAAACGGAACCGACAACCUCUCUCAUGUGCCUACUGUCGAAGCAAAAAGCUCAAAUGCGACAGAGGCCAUCCGUGCGAUACGUGUGUCAAAAGGGCGGAUCCAGACAAUUGCAUAUAUGGCAGAAAUGACCCGGUCCCCGCAGCAGCCAGACCUGAAGCCAGUAACGGCAGCGCCUUCAACAGCAACAGCAACACUGUUAGUACGCACAGUCGUGGGGUGGCCCAGAGAAGGUUGCAGCAUCUCGAGCAAUUGGUGAUGCGCAUGGUCAACAGCAGCUCUCCAGCUUCUUCAUCAACCACAUCCUCGGACAAACCCAACGGCGCAGCUAUCCUUUCCGACUCUGUCGAUUCAAGUAUCGCGAAGGAAGGACAUCUACAGGUUGGAUCAUCCGAGUCGAGGUACGUCGGGCCAACGCAUUGGUCGGCCAUCCUGGAGAACAUCCAGGAGCUUAAGACCGCUCUAGGCGUCGACCACGCUUCCAGCACGGAGCUGGACGAGUCGGAGGACCCAGAGGCGCCAGACUCGGAAGACUUGUUUGGCUCGACAGGCAGGCUUUCGCUUGCGCAGAUCCUAGCCCACGCACUCCCAACCCGACUCGAGCUCGAUCGGCGGUUGUCGACAUACUUCAAAACACAAUACAUGGUCACCCCGCUCAUCCACAAGCCACAGUUUCAACGACAAUACGAGCAGUUUUGGCAGACACCACUCGAGACGUCACCGCACUGGCUAUCGAUCCUCUUCUCCAUCUGCUGCAUAUCCGCCAUCGUCGAUGAAGCUGUAGGCUCGCCAGGGUCGACACCCGGAGACCAGCGUAGCAUGCGCACAACAUUCCUGAACGCUGCCGGCCAUUGCAUCCAACUCGGCGGCUACGUGCUGCCCAAACGCUAUGCGGUCGAGGCGCUGGUUCUCUAUGCACAGUGCAGAUAUAGAACUACAAUGGAUCCGUCGCGAGAAGUCGGCACCGUCCUCGCCAUCCUGGUACGUCUGGCCUACCGCAGCGGAUACCAUCGGGAUCCUUCACACUUUCCCCACUUCAGCGCAUUCGAAGGCGAGAUGCGCCGGCGCGCGUGGUCCUCGUGUCAACAGAUGGAUAUGAUGGUGUCAUUCCAGCUGGGACUUCCGAAUCUGAUCCCCCCUGACAGCUGGGACACGCGGCCGCCGCGAAACUUAGUCGACACCGACUUCGACGAACAUACCACGGUGCUCCCGCCUUCCCGGUCGGAAGAGGAGCCUACGCCGCUCGUCUAUUUCAUCGCCAAGUCCCGGCUCAUGACGGCGUUCAGCAAGAUCUGCGCCCAUGCGCUCUCGUUCCGCGUUUACACGGAGCAAGACAUCAUGGCCUUGGACGCCGAAAUGCGCGCCGCCCAUGCGACGAUGCCGAAUGUCCUGCGCAUCAGACCGAUGGCGAGAUCGUUCGCCGACCCGCCGUAUCUGAUCAUGUUGCGCCUGAACUGCGAGUUCCUGUAUCAGAAAUCCCUGUGUGUCCUGCAUCGCAAAUACAUGACGCAGGAUAUAGACAGAUAUCCGGCCAGCACGCAAGCUUGUCUAGAUGCGGCCGCCGCCAUCACCAGACAUAUGCUCGACAUCCACAAAGAGCUCCAGCCAGGAGGUCAGCUGUACAGUGACCGCUGGAUGUUGAGCAGCUUCACCAUGAACGAUUUCUACCUCGCCUGCAUGGUGCUGUGUCUGGGGUUGUCCAUGUGGAAGAAGGCCAAUCCGGGUAAAAGCCUCAACCAGGACGACAGGAUGGGCAGUUUGUUUGAGUUGCUCAGAGCGUCCUUUGCCAUCUGCGAGGAACGCAGUCCGACCAGCAACGAGGCCAGACGUGUGACUGGCGUGUUGAGAGUUAUCUUGGGCCAAACGGCGUUGGGGUCGACGACGACCACAGCCUUCUAUCAACACCAAGUUCAACAAGAGGCUCAGCAGAAGGGCCAGUCCACCACAACAACGCGACCUUUCCUGUCCAACCCGUUUCUUCUCCCGCCAUCGCACAUCGAUGGAUCGGCAGGUUUCCCACCAUUCUACGAUUUCAAUCUGGCACCAUUGAGCGUGAACGAGCAGCACGUGUCGGGUGCUACUUCUUCUUCAAGAACGCAGGACACGAGCCGAACACAGAGGCCGCUCCAGCCUGGUGAUGGUGAUGGCGUUGAUUGUGCUCCUGGGUUUGGUCCUCACACAGACAACAGGAACAGACCACCUCUCUUCAACAGCCACCACCCCAGCCCCAGCCCCAGCACAAACCCAGGGCCCAAUAUCAGUCGGCUUCUCAGUCCGACCAUCUUGAAUUCUUUCAUUCCCUUCUCACCGACCAGCAUCUAUGAAAGCACAGGUCCGCGCGCAAACCCCAUACAACAAAACUCGGCAUUGUCAGGGAACCAUGGCUCGACUCCCAACGUGGACCUCAGUGCCGGUCCAGACAUACCCAACACCAACACAAGCUCAAGCAUAAGUCCCGACGUCGACAUGGAAAUGAACCCAAACCCGGACUUCGCCUCCGAUUUUCCCCCGUUCGCCGAUAUAGACUGGACAGUUUACGACCAGUGGAUGGCCAUUCCCUCCACUGACUCGACAAUGCCCCUGUCAGACGGCAACUUGCCGUUUGGAAGCCUUUCAAUACCGGUUUCUCCGAGGCCUGCGCCAACGCCUAGCAUGAAUGGUGCCACCAACAACGUUGACCUAGGUGAGCGCAUGCCAAAACAAGAAAUGCAGGUCUAG